AUGGUUAAAUCAGGAGAAAAACUUAUUAAUAAAAAGGUCGUUAUAGUCGGCGGAACUUCAGGCAUCGGUUUUGGCGCAGCCCAAGCAUUUCUUGACGCCGGAUCGAACGUGACCGUAAUCUCAAGUAAUCAAGACCGAGUCAACGACGCAGUAAAAAGGCUUAAUUCACCCAAUGUCAACGGCCUUGUCGGGGAUGUACGAGACGAAGGCGGAUUUGUCGAAGUGCUAAAAGGCCUGGCUCCUAUCGAUCAUAUUGUCUUCUCUGGGGUUGAUCUCAUCAUUCGGGGUGCCUUGGAAGAUUUAGUGCUCGAUGAAGCUAAACACUUGUUUGGUGUGAAGUUCUGGGGUGCGGUUGUGAUUGCGAAAGCGGUCAAGAAGCAUAAUCUCAUCAAACCAGGCGGUUCCCUGACCCUGACUUCUGGAACCGCAGCUCUCAAGCCAGGCAAAGGUGCUGCGACCGGCGGAGCACUCAAUGCCGGUGUCAUCGUUCUAACUAAAGGACUUGCAAGCGAUCUCGCAGAGAAUCGUGUGAGAGUCAAUGUAGUGGUGCCUGGACUUGUUAAGAGCGAGCUCUGGGGAAAGUUAGGCAAGACGGAGGAGGAACAGCAGAAGAUCUUUGAGGCGUCUGAUCUUCCGGUUGGGUUUGUUGCUACGCCGGAUGAUAUUGCUGAGGCAUAUUUGUAUUUGGCAAAAGCUGAUUAUGCUACGGGAACGAGUGUUGAGAUUGGUGGUGGGAAUACGUUGUGA